AUGUUGGUUCGUUGUCUAAUUAAUAACGCAAUUAUUAGUUGCUUCUCCUACAAUGAUAAUACAAUCAAAGGCUUCACUCUACCAAAUUCCAAAUCAUUAAAACUCACUGCAUUUGCUGACGACAUAGCAACCUUUACAAACUCCACAGAAGAACUAAUGAAAAUUAAUACUAAAAUCCAAAAGUACUGCUCAGCAACAUCAUCAUCGUUAAACAAAGAGAAAACAGUAAUGAUGGCAAUAGGAGAUAAACCACACGAUCUACCAUUCCAAGAGAGUACAGUCCCAGAAAGAUAUCUUGGCCUCAAUUUCACCAAAACAGGUUUAAAUUCAAAAUACAACACUUUAAUCCAAGAAAUGAAAAACAAUCUAAUAAAAUGGAAAUCACAAGCAAUAACGAUGAAGGCAAAGAUGACAAUUCUCAAAACAUACGUUCUAUCCAAAUUAACAUACCAUCAAUACAUGGAUAAUCUAAAUGAAGAACAAAUUGAGGAAAUAAAUAACAUGACCAGAUGGUUCUUAUUCUCCUCAGUUAAGAAUACAUAUACAGAAGAGAGAAAAUACAAAACUAUGAUGAAAAUAGACAGAGCAUAUGCAGAUUGGAAAGAAGGAGGCAUAAAAUUAUGGGAUAUAGAACUAAGACAUAUAGCAUUCAAAAUCUGGUACAUGAACAGGCUACUCCAUAACAACUACAACAACAACAACAAUACUUUACAAGAAUGGUACAUGGAGCAAUUAAGUAGAAAAAAGCCCACACUUCAACCCUCAACGAUAUGUGCAGACACUGGGAUAAAUGAACUUCCAGACUGUAUAAGAAACGACAAUGAUGAACCACUAAAACUGAAAGAAAUUUACGAACUCAUGAUCAAAGACAGACACCCAACACCAAGAAGAACAGAAUGGCAGAAGUUAUGGGCGGUGAGAUACAACACAGCAAUACCCAAAGUAUUCAUAAACAUCAACAGCAUUUCUCACCAAAAAGGUAGAAACACCCUCUUCAGAUUCUUCUCAAGAUCACUUCCAGGUAUCAACCACGAAAGAGACACCAGAUGCAAGAUCUGUGGCCACCUAUUCAGAGACCCUUAUUCUCACCUCUUCACUCUAUGCCAAGAUAUCCUAGAUAUUGAAAAAACCAUCAUAUCAACAGUUAACAAAUUAUCAUUCAUCAAAAUCCACAGAUGGUCAAUGGAUACCUUAGACAUAUCAAAAUACAACAGAACUGAGAGAAUCUUCCCCAAUCUCAUAGGAAUAAUAGCACACCAAUUAUGGAAGAUAAUCUGUCACAAAUUGUUCAACACUGAUGAAAGCAAACCAGAGCCAAAAUUCGAGCAAAAGGUCAUAGAAACAGAAUUACUAAAUCUCAUCGAAACUGAAAAAUUCAUCACACUAAAGAAAAUCAAACACGACGAAGCAAUACUAAAAAACACCAAUCAAGAUCUUCACAAAUACAAAUUCAACAAAGCCUGGCAAACCCCAGCAUUUCCGAACCCUCUUCAAAUUUAA